UGUAGCCCCGGGGCGGGGCUGAGAAAGUUGAGUGUUAGUCGCAGAGGGCUGGGCUCCGCCAGGGAGCGCCUGCCAACUGGGUCCGUAAAAGGCUGGAGCUGGUGGGGUAGGUGUGGCUCUGCCUGAGUGACCUGAGCCCCUGUCCCCGUCGCCGCCUUCGUCUCCCGCAGCUGCGGCCUUCCAGCCAUGGGCGCCGUCUGGUCCGCCCUGCUGGUCGGAGGGGGUCUAGCCGGAGCGCUUUUCAUCUGGCUAAUGCGGGACACUGGAAAGAAGCGGGACGCGAAGCAGGAGAAGGACGCCUCUCUUGGGGAGGCUGUGGCUGCGGGAGGCGAUCAGGAUGGCCGCGGGGGACUGAGCCCUGGACCCUCUAGGCGGGAGCUGAUCACCAAACCAGAGUCUCUUCAAGAAAGCAAUGGAUGUUUGGUUUCAGAGACCAAAGUCCCUGGUAACGUGCAGAAAGCAGCAUGGAGACUGCAGAGCCCUUCUGGAGAAGAUGGUGACUAUGGCAAUUCCAGAGAGCAUGUUCCUUUUGAAUGGUUUCCAGACACAGAAUCUCUAGCUUCAUCUGCAUCUGGUAACUCUAGGCGUUACUCUGAAGUUUCAAGAAACGAAAGUUGUGAAUCUCAUAUAGGAGAAUGGGGAUUCCAAAAAGGACAAGAGACACCUGCUAAAGCAGCUGCAUGUUUGGCAGAGAAGUUGACUUCUAGCAACCUGUUCAUGGACAGAGCUAAAGAAGAAGGGAGCCUUGAAAGUUUGGACAGUCAGGGCCCCGCUGACCAGGAAGACUGGGAAAUGGUGUCCAGGCACUCAUCUUGGGGAGAUAUUGGUUUGGGUGGCAGUCUUGAGGCUCCAGUGCUAAGCCCAAAACACAGCAUGGACUAUGGCAGAAGCACUCUUGUGGAUACAAGAGGUCAGGAAGUGGAUGUGAAAACAAAAAGGGCAGUCGCUAUGUCUUCAGAGUCUCAGCAAGUUAGUGUCUGUUUCCAGAUCCAUUAUGUCACAAGCACUGGUAUGCAAUUCAUUGCAGUAACUGGAGACCAUGAGUGGCUUGGGAGAUGGAAUACUUACAUCCCCCUCCAGUGUAGCAGGGAUGGGUUCUGGUCUCGUUCUAUAUCCCUGCCAGCAAAUACGGUGGUGGAAUGGAAGUUCGUGGUGGUAGAGAAUGGGGAAAUUACUCGCUGGGAAGAAUGUAGCAAUAGGUUACUAGAGACUGGCCAUGGGGAUAAAGUGGUUCACAAGCGCUGGGGGAUUCAUUGAUUCAGUUUGCAAAGUACUGAAGAGGCUGCUGCAGAAUAUGGGAGAGGCUAAGGUUGUGGCACACACUGAAUAGUUUAAAAUAAAGGAAGUAUAACUCCAAAUUUAGCCAUCAGCGUUGUUUCAAAUUUGCUAGUGGCUUUUGUCUAAUGUGCAGAAAUAUAUAUAUAUAUAUAUAUAUAUA